AUGAAAAGUGAUGGCUCCAUGGAUGCAAAGAGCACUGCCAGGAUAUUUGGAUUGUUUGAACAGGUAUAUUUUGAUGAGAAAACUGUUUUGGUGUUCAAUUCCAAAAAUGGCAUGUUUUGUAAGGCAGUAGAAGAAUUGGGUAGCUUGUUUUGCUGUGCAGUAGACGUUAUGUUUGAUACGAACUUCAAUGUAAAUGUGCCUGAUGUAACCAAAAUACGUACAAGAAGUCUGUGCUUGUCGAAACACUUUGAUAUUGCGAUGAUUGAACCAUCAAUUUUCAGAAAAGAUUCAUGUGAAACUGAUUGGAUCGAUUGUGCCUUAAAAUGCAGUAAGGAAGUCUUUAUUGUCACUAAAAAUAGUGAGGUGGCCACCAAAUACAAUACGGUGCUAUUGGGUGAAGUGGAUCUCACUGUUGUGAAAUCAACGAAAUAUCAAACGGGUAGAAGCAACCUGGUGACGUACCAGAUCAUCAAAAUUCUAAAUCCUACAAUUUAUUGGCAUUUGUCUUAUUAUUUUACACAGGUAUUUUUGUAG